AUGGCCGGUCAAGAUGAUCCUGUGCAGAGGGAGAUCCACCAAGACUGGGCAAAUCGUGAAUACAUUGAGGUUAUCACGAGCAGUAUCAAGAAAAUAGCAGAUUUUCUAAAUUCCUUUGGUAAGUAGCUAAGUAGAUGGAAGAUGACUAGGCUGCGCAGCCGCAUCAAAAAGGCUGUCAAUGCGAAGCCCUAACCUACUUCAAGGACCGCUGGGCCUGAGCCUUCUUGGCUAACGGUAGCUAGUUUCCAUCUAAAACAGAAAGACAUGGAUAAAGUAAUAUCAGCUAAAGGACUCUUACUAUUAUGGAACGUUAUAACAUGGGCUUAAGAUUUAUACUUCGACCAAUCGAUGAAAUAUUGUAGUUAGCAAGCCAACUAAUUAACUAGCUAGCUAUCUUCUGAUGGCUAAGAGCCAAUUUAUGCUUGAUCUGCUGUAUGGAUGGUGUGACGCAAUUGCGGUUCCUCCGAAAGGCACCGUAUAGCUCCGCAUUGACAUGAUUGGUUGACUGUAGGUAGGGGCGGGAGGUCCUGUAUAAACACAAACUAACUUCCUUGACAGCUUUCUGAAACGCAAGAAGAAUGAAUGCCCUGACUUCUGCCGAAUCAACGUCAACGUAAAUGCUGCACUGCCUUUUAAUACCUUGAUCACACCCAUAGCAGCACCUUUUAAUGCCUUGAUCACACCCAUAGAGAGAGAAAUUGCAUUUUGGUACACCAGAAGUACAUUCAUUUCCAAUGUAACUUUGCGUUUGCCUUACAGCAUUGCAGAGGCAGUUGCAGUGCAUACAAGUUGGAGUUAUUGAACAUAUGCGCCAAACUGUAUGUGUAGACUGCUUGACAGAAAUGGUAGCAGAAGGUGAAUGUUGAACUUUUGUUGCACAGGUAUCCAGAUGAUGCUGUGUACCAUUUUGCGCAAUGAGGCUGUAUGUGUGAUCGAAGCGUUAAGCUUUGAACACACCGACUGCAUCAUUGCGCAAAAUAGUAGGCAGCAUCAACUAGAUAUGUGUGCAACAAAAGUUCAACAUUCAUCUUCAGCUACCAUUUCUGUCAACCCGUUUUUGCAUACAGUUUGACGCACACAUCAGAUACAUCCAACUUAUGCACCACACAGAACGCAGUUUCCAUUGGAAAUGAAUGUACUUCUGGUGUACCAAAACCAAAUAAUACCGUCGGUGUGUUCGAAGCGUAAGGGGUCUACAGACAGUAUGCAAGCAGGGCCAACGGAGCAAUGCCGUUUUUUGUCACAAAAGGGGCAGUUCGUUGUAAUACGCUCCGUCAUUCGACAAAGUUUUUACCUACCUGGAAAUUAAGACCAGACGUAUCAUUCCUUGCGAAGACUGAGGGGCACUAUUGAGUGUGUUUUGCAACGGAAGUCCCGCCCUUGUGUCUACAUAACAUAUUUUCCGGUAUCCUUCUGGUAUAAACACAGAAGAGAUGGGCAUUCUACUACUUCGCUUCUAUUACUUGCAAGCUUCCUUUUUUGUGCUUUUUAUUUCGAGAUUAUUGAGAAUGUCUUUCCUCAUCAAUGCUUCGUCUUUAUUUCUUCUCCUCCCCCUGAGUAGUAACAGCAGUUCAAUCUCUAGCUAUUGCAAUUCGAAAAGAGACAUGUUUGCUUCUGUGGCUAAAAAGUAGUGUCAUAAAGCAUAUAACACCAUACUAGCCUGACAUGUAGCUAGCAUUUGUAAAUAAUAAUACCAGACCCGAAAGCUCAAACAUCGUUGCUAGCUGGUCUAAAGAGGGGCCUCUUCCCGUCUUGCUUGGUAAGCUACUCUGGCUCCCCAAGCCCCCUAGUGGAUAUACACUACACAAGGUGAACUUCCUCUCUGGGUGGAACACAACGAAGAGUCCGCUGCCCCAAUAAAAAUGACUCCACCCACGUGCACGAAGACCUUAACGUUACUCGUAACUUAGUUAGCUUUUUGAUGAGAUAUUUCACCCAAACGGCAGUGGACUGGACUCGAUGCACGUAUUUGUUUCUUGGUAAAUACAUGUAGAAGUAGCUAGUUGUAGUAGAAGUAAACAUUUAACAUAUGAUGAAGUGGGUCCACUGAUUUAAUUUAGGUGUAUUAUUUUUUUAAACAGUUAGUUAGCUAACUUAAACGUGUAAAGUGUGAACCACUUGCUUUAUAGGAGGGGCGUAGCUAGCUUUUAUUUACUUGGUAGCUACCUACAGUGCCUCCUUCAGAAAGUAUUCACACCCCUUUACUUUUUCCACAUUUUGUUGUUACAAAGUGAGAUUACAGUUUAUAUUUUUUGUCAACGAUAUACACAAAAUACGCUCAUUUCAAAGUGGAAGAACAAUUAUAACAUUUUGUAUUAUUCAUGGGAAUAAAACACUAAUAUUUUGAUUAGAUAAGUAUUCAACCCCCUGAGUCAAUACAUGUUAGAAUCACCUUUGGCAGUGAUUACAGCUGAGUCUUUCUGGGUAAGUCUCUUAAGAGCUUUGCACACCUGGAUUGUACAAUAUUUGCACAUUAUUCUUUUUUAAAUUCUUCAAGCUCUGUCAAGUUGAAGGUUGCUAUCACAGCCAUUUUCAAGUCUUGCCAUUGAUUUUCAAGCAGAUUUAAAUCAAAACUGUUACUCGGCCACUCAGGAACAUUCAAUGUCGUCUUAGUAAGUAACUCCAGUGUAUGUUUGGCCUUGCGUUUUAGGUUAUUGUCCUGCAGAAAGAUAGAUUUGUCUCCCAGUGUCUGUACGAAAGCAGAUUGAACCAAGUUUUCCUCUAGGACUUUGCCUGUGCUUAGCUCUAUUCAUUUUCUUUUUAUCUUAAAAUACUCCCUAGUCCUUGCCAAUGACAACCAUACCCAUAACAUGAUCCAACCACUACCAUGAAAAUAUGAAGAGUGGUACUCAGUGAUGUGUUGGAUUUGCCCCAAACAUAAUGCUUUGUAUUCAGGACAGAAAGUUCAUUUCUUUGCCACAUUUUUUUUGCAGUAUUACUUUAGUGCCUUAUUGCAAACAGGAUGCAUGUUUUGGAAUAUUUUUAUUCUGUACAGACUUCCUUCUUUUCACUCUGUCAUUUAGGUUAGUAUUGUGGAGUAACUACAAUGUUGUUGGUCCAUCCUCAGUUUUCUCCUAUCUCAGCCAUUUAACUUUGUAAUGGGUUUAAAAUCACCAUUGGCCUCAUGGUUAAAUCCCUGAGCGUUUUCCUUCCUCUUCAGCAACUGAGUUAGGAAGGACGUCUGUAUCUUUGUAGUGACUGGGUGUAUUGAUACAUCAUCCAAAGUGUAAUUAAUAACUUCACCAUACUCAAAGUGAUAUUCAAUGUCUGCUUUUUUAUUUAUUCCUAUCUACCAAUAGUUGCCCUUCUUUGCAAGUAAUUGGAAAACCUCCCUGGUCUUUAUAGUUGCAUCUGUGCUUGAAAUUCACUGCUCGACUGAGGGACCUUACAUAUAAUUGUAUGUGUGGGGUACAGAGAUGGGGUAGUCAUUAAAAAAAUCAUGUUAAACACCAUUAUUGCACACAGAGUCCAUGCAACUUAUUAUCUGACUUGUUAAGCACAUUUUUACUCCUGAAGUUUAGGCUUGCCAUAACAAAGGUGUUGAAUACUUACUGACUCAAGACAUUUCAGCUUGUAAUUUUUUAUUGAUUUGUAAAACUGUCUGAAAACACAAAUUCUACGUUGACAUUAUGGGGUAUUGUGUGUAGAUCAGUGACACAAUCUACAUUUAAUCCAUAAAAUUCAGGCUGUAACCCAACAAAAUGUGGAAAAAGUAUAGGGGUGUGAAUACUUUCUGAAGGCACUGUACCUAUUGCAGGAUUGAACUGUGCAAUAGUUGUUAGCCUAACCUAUGAUAUUGAUGGGAUUUGUUGAAAUAAACCAUAUUCUUCCCCCUUCGAAAGUUAUAGUUUGAUAUGUUAUAAAUAACUUUGAUCAUAAAGGAAAAUAUCUGCACCUUACUGUAUAUUUACUUUGCUUUAGAUAUGUCCUGCCGAUCUCGUUUGGCCACCCUAAAUGAAAAGCUGACAGCGUUAGAGAGGAGAAUUGAGUACAUUGAAGCAAGGGUAAGUGUCAUAGAAUUGUCACUAUUUCUAGGGUGUAAAUAAACGUAAUGUUUGCACACCCUAAACAGUACUGGAGGUCAUCAUACUGUGUUCUCGAAACUUCUCUCUCUGUUUAGGUCACAAAAGGAGAGACCUUGACCUAA